AUGGAGCUUCUUAAUGGAGCCGUCAGUGAACGUGAUCGACUCGAAGAGCAUGUGAAGAGGCCGAUUGUCUCUCGGCAUCAGGAUGAAUCUUCAUCAUCAUCAUCGUCAUCACAUGACGUCAGUGCUGCUGUCAGAGACGUGUCAGAAAACCUGCGUGCAAACAUCUACUGCAUCUUCUGCAAACUGGGAUUUGAGCGUCUGUCGGGUUUGAGUGCCGAAGAUCACGUCACGCUCAGCAUAAUCCACCGAUACCUGGACUUCAAGCUGUGUGAGGUUGUGCAGGAGCUGUGGAGUGAGGCAGCGGCGGUCGUUCCGUCGGAUGAAGCGGCGCUGAAGAGUGUGCUGCAGGUCAGUGAAGCCAUGGCCGAGAGCGUGCGCUCGCUGCAGCAAAGCAUUCUGGGCGAGCGGCAGCAGCAGGAGCUGCAGAAGGAGCAGCGGCUGUAUUCAGAGAUCCGCUUCACUCAUAAGCAGCGAGAGAUCGCAGCAGAUGCCUGGAAGAGUUACGUGGCCAGAACCUCAAACUACAGCGUCCUGAAGGAGUUCAGGCAUCUUCGGGAGGAGCGGAGCACCAGCGAACACGACGCAGCAUCAGACGCCGAGACGAAUGAGCCAGCGCCACUCACUGUAUAGAGAGAAUAUAGCCAACUGAAUGCAUUUAAUACCACAUAUAUGCACUGCUGUUCAAACGCUUGCCAUGGUUAAAGGGACAGUUCACCAGAAAAUGACAGAAUGUUCAUAUUUGGGUGAACUAUCCCUUUAACCAGCAUUAGCAUGCUAGCGAUCACUGCUGGACCAAUGGUGGAAAGGACGACUGGAUCUCAAGCAGAGCCAAAUAUGAACGCUGAAUGUUAGCAUUUGAAUAAUGGCUAAUAAAAUCAGAUGUCCGAGCC